AUGUCAAUUAUAAGUGCAAUUGUAAAGAAUGGAAUUAGCAUUCCUCUUCCUCGUGCUGCUACCGCCUCCUCCUCGCAGGACAUUUCAUCUGGUUUCCCCCGUUAUAAUCCAGAAGAAAGCGAUGAUCCUUAUGCUGGAUUGACGCACAAGCAGAUUAUCGAGAGGAAGAAACAAGGGAAAGCCGUGCGCUUCGAGCUUGAGCGCAUGCUGGCCGAACAAGCCGAUGCGGACGUCCCGGACAUGCAAACGCAAGAAGUUCCUGGUCCGCCUGAUCCUGAAGCUAAAAAACAAAAGCAGAAAGGCAAACAACAACGACAAGAAGGGCUGCAAACGCAAUCUGACGAGCCCUGUAAGAUAUGUGUUGAACACAGUGUUUAUGAUCCUCAGAACCCUCACGCUUCGACACGUACCAAACGUUGCCCGUACCACAAGGACACAAUCCGAGAACGGCUCAAGCACGUUCUCGGAAUCCCGCGUUUCUUGACGCCGUCGAUCGUCUUGUGGUCUAUAUCCGAGAAGAAAUCGCAAAGUUACUUGCCCGCAUUUUUCACGAUUUUGCAGUAUCUCAAAAGAUAUAACGAUGAGCAGCUUGCUUUGGCGGAUGAAAUCUCGACUAGCCGGAACCCUCGUCAACCACGUCAAUGCCGAGAACGUCCUACCGCUUACACUGACUCGAAUGAGUUAUAUAAUUCGAUCGCGGAAUUCCAAGGGUUCAUUGCGGAUACAAGCGAAACCGCCCCUAUCGAUUGA